AACAUCAGCAAGGCGUACGACAGCUUCAACGUCUGGGACCUGCACACCGUCGACAACGGCGUCAUCGACAACAUCUUUCCGCUGCUGGAGUCGUCUCGGGAGGGGCGGUGGGAUCUCCUGAUUGGGCACUGCUUGGGCGUGGACCAUGCGGGACAUCGAUACGGCCCUGAUCACGCCGCCAUGACGGCCAAGCUGCAGCAGAUGAACGAGUUUAUCACCAAGGUGGCGGCGUCUAUCGACGACGACACGCUGCUGGUUGUCAUGGGCGAUCACGGCAUGGACGGAAAGGGGGAUCACGGGGGAGAGAGCGACGAUGAGGUCGAGGCCGCUUUGUGGAUGUACUCGAAGCGACCCUUUUUCGGGAGGACAUCUCCUGAAUCUGCCGUUCCGCCGGCGAACGCCAAGAUCCGACCCGUCAACCAGAUCGAUCUGGUGCCGACCCUUGCGCUACUGCUGGGCAUCCCCAUCCCGUUCAACAACCUCGGCAAGCCCAUCGAGGAGGCCUUUGCGGGACGGAAGGGCAACGACUGGGCCAAUCUCGCUGCCGUUUCGCGACUUGCGGCCGCCGGAAUCGAGAGGUACCGGCAGGCGUACUUCAAGGCCCGCGGAAUCUCGCAGACGGAGGAACCAGGCUCUCCCGCUGCCCUGUGGACGCAGGCCAAUGCUGCUGGGCUGAGCGCCAAGGACGCCUACCAUGCGCUGACGGAGUUUGAGAUGGAGACGCUACAGGUGUACAAGAGGCUGUGGGCUCGGUUCGACGUUCCGCGGAUGGUCGCGGGCGUGUUCGUCACCGCCGUCGGCCUUGUGAUGCUGGUCAUGUAUGCGGCGAGGCCUGCAGACGACGAGUUUGUCGUGGCCAACGAUGCCGAGCUCGACUAUGCCGAGAGGCGGCUGGAGCUUAUGAACCUCAAGCACGAGGACGAGGAGGUGCAUCCGGACCAGCAGUUUCACCGGAACCUCGUGGGCGGCCUGGCGGACGCGCGGGUGCUGUUCGUCGUCGGCGUGCUGAUUGCCGUGGCCUUGUACCGCAAGCAGCCGCUCGACGGCCUCGCCGCCCUGGUCGUGACGUUGCUGAUUACGGGCGUCAUUUCUGCGCUGUCCGCCUCUGGCAAGACACUGCUCAACGCCCUUCCGCGCACCUUCUGGGGCUGGCUGUCUGUUGUUCUCACGCUGAGCCACUCCAUCGGCUUUGCCUCCAACUCGUACACCAUCUGGGAAGACUCCAUCCUCCUCUUCUUCAUCGCCACGUUUGGGCUCGCCGCGCUCGUGUCCUCGCUGCGCAUCGAGUCCAAGGUGGACCGCACAAUGGCCAUCUACCACACCGUCACCUUCAUCAUCCUCGGCCGGCUGGCGUCGUACUCGAAGCUCUGCCGCGAGGAGCAGAUGCCGUACUGCACAUCGACAUACUACGCGUCCGUCACGUCGUCCACGUCGGCGCCCUGGCAGCUGGUCAUCCCCUUUGCCGUCUUCAUCGUCCUCCCCGACGUCAUCAGGGCGUUCCUUAUGCCGUCCAAGUCGUACGAGGGCCUCGCCCCGACGUGGAUCGGCUACUUCUUCCGCGGCGGCCUCUUCCUCUCCGCCCUCUACUGGACCAUUGACGCCGCCAGCAACGGUGGCUGGCUCGCCGACCGGGUCUCCGAGGGCACCCUCAAGGCCGCCGGCGUGUACCUCGCCCAGAUCGUCCUCGCCCUCUCCCUCAUCGCGGGCUCGACCUCGUUCGCGUGGGCCCCGCCCAACAUCUCCAUCCUCUCGACGACGGCCAAGUCGGGCCAGCUCGUCACCAUCCUGGGCUACGGCAACGCCAUGGGCGCCCGCUACCUCUUCCUCCCGCUCAACCUCCUCGCGGCCUGCAUCCUCGUCACCAAGCCCAUGGGCUCCGGCGCCCUCGCCCUCAUGAUGUGGCAGGUCCUGUGCCUCGCCGAAAUCAUCGACCUCAACCGCCUCCGCGGCGAGGCCAUCGGCCCUGUCAUGCUCGCCGUCCUCGGCAGCUUCUACUUCUUCAAGACGGGCCACCAGGCCGUCCUCUCCAGCAUCCAGUGGGACAGCGCCUUCAUCCCGCUCUUCUCCAUCCGCUACCCCUGGUCGCCGCUCGUCGUCGCGCUCAACACCUUUGCGGGCCAGAUCCUCGCCGCCGCAUCCGUGCCCCUGCUCGUCCUCUGGAAGGUCGGCCCCAAGCAGCGCGGCCUGCUCGAGACGACUGCGCGCGCCCUGGCCGUUUUCGUGGCUUAUUAUGCCGUCGAGGCGCUGGCUACGAUGAGUUGGGCGGGGUGGCUGAGGCGGCAUUUGAUG